GUCUGGAAGCUUCUUAGCAACAGCAGCAGUAAACAGUGGUGAGAGGUAGCGGAAGUCUCGUGAGAAUGAAAACAGCGCGCUUUCUUUAGAACUGUUAUAAUUUGGGGGUGAAUAAGUGAAGAAGGUAAGGCAUGUCCGUGUUCAGCGGGGCUGUGGGCGCUCUGAGCGCGGAGCUGAAGCUGCUGGCGGAGUUUAGGAGAGAUUCUCACCGGGAGAAGAAGGUGUUCCUCGCGGGGAGGGAGUAUGUUGGGGAAGAUGGGAAGACCACAGAGCUUCCUGUAAUCUGGAAAAUCAAGCAGCAGAUUGGCACCGACCCAACCCUUUACCCAGAGUAUCAACCUACGUCAGGCCUCCCAGAAUUCACCAGGAAAGCAGUGGAGCUGGCGUUAGGCAGGGAGAGCCGUGCCCUGGUGGAGAACAGAGUUGUAGGAGUGCAGACGGUAGGCUUGUCUGGAGCUGUGCGUUUGGGAGCAGAGUUACUAAAGCACUGCUACUGCACCAGCUCCUCCUGGACUGGCCCAGUUCUUCUCUCCUCUCCAUGUGAUGAGUCAUUACCAAGCGUCUUUGAAGCAGCAGGGAUUGGGAAUGUCCAGCACUACCGGUACUGGGAUAGUGAUCUUCGAGGGGUGUGUGUGGAGAAGAUGCUGGAGGACUUGGAGAAAGCUCCAGAGCAGAGCGUGGUGGUCCUGUCUGCCUCAGGACACUUUCCCACUGGAGCAGAUCUUUCUCAAGAGGACUGGAGACGAGUGAUUGACGUCCUGGUGAGACGCCAGCUCCUACCAUUCAUCCUGCUCCCUGCUCUGGGUUUGUGCAGUGGGGACGUGGAGCAGGAUGCCUGGGUUUUGAGACAUUGUGUGUCUUUAGGGUUGGAGAUAAUGUGUGCUCAGUCUUUCUCCCACAGCUUCAGCCUAUAUGGUGAAAGAGUCGGCCACCUGUUUUGUGUUCUUAAGGACGAUUCCAAUCUUCUGGCUCUCCAGUCGCAGGCAGAAAAGAUAAUCCGAACGCUUUGGUCCUGUCCACCAGCAGGAGGCGCCAGAGUGGUUACAACAGUGCUGACCAAUCCUGCGCAUCUGGUUGAAUGGCAGGAGGGGUUGAAGGGCAUGGCGGAAAGAUGCAUGCUAAUGCGGGAGCGACUCAGAGAGAAGAUGCGACUGCUUGGAAGCCCAGGCAGCUGGGAGCACUUGAUUAAACCAGGAGGACUCUACUGCUGUACUGGACUGACCGCUCAACAGGUCCAAUUUCUGGUGAAGAGGAGACACGUUUACCUGCUGCCGGAGGGCUGCCUGAACAUAAGUGCCGUCAACGGUCGUAAUCUCGACUACGUGGCCGAGUCCAUUCAUCUGGCUCUGACGUCUCAACUGUGAACCUGACUGAUGUCACGCAGAGCAGAUAAUUACCAGCAUUGAUUCUA